UCUACACAAAUCUAUAAGAGACUAUAGGAUCUGAUUUAAGUUAAGGAGUUUACAUUUUUUUUAAGGAGUUUAGAAAAUGUUGGAUUUGGUUGUUGCACUCGUAUCAUGCGUCGUAUUAAUAGUGGUGUUUAUCUUCUUAAUCUGCAUCACCACCAGCGGGGCAGAUGUCAAUUCUCCACCGCCGCUUUCACGACCAGGGCAGCUCGGGUUGCCUGUGUAUAGAACCAAAUGUGAAGAUUUGGCAGGCGCUGGGUCAGCCAUAUCAGUGGCUAGAACCGAUAUUUAUGGUGGUUCAGGUGGUGCUUGUGGCGGAGGUGAAGGCAUCAUCACCAGGGAUACAAAGCUUCCUUUUCCACCUCGGCCUUCACUGAUUCCACCACGACCAGUGGAGCUCCCGAGGCCUACGUAUAGAGCCAAAAAUCAAGAUCUGAUAAGCACUGGCAUCGCGGUAUCAUUGGCUGUAUCCGUUUUAAAUAGUGGUUCCGGUGUUGGUUGUGGCCAUGGCGGUGGUAAUGGAAAUAGUUACAGUGACGGGGGAGGUGGUGGUGGAGGCGGUUGUGGAGGCGGCUGUUAA